CAUUGUUGCAGAGAAAGCGAGACGGAAGUGUUGGUGCUGUUGCUGUUGUUGUUGGAAUACUGAAAUGGGUUUGGAAGGAAAGUCUAAAUAUGUGUUGGGACCGGCUGUAGUGGAGCAGGUUGAAGUGCAGCAAGACAAUACAUCUGAUGGCCCCCGCCAAUGGAGGAACCUGGUGGGCUUCUGGUUUUUGGGUCUCACCAACAACUUCGCCUACGUUGUGAUGCUGAGUGCUGCCCAUGACAUCCUCAAAACGGAGGAAGGAGGAGAGGGAAACAGCACACUGAUGACAACACUGGCACCGGAAAACGGCACCACUCCUCCCUCAGUGAAUGGAAGCAACAACACGGACAGGUUCUUGGAGUGUAACCAGAUCAGCACUGGAGCAAUCCUACUGGCAGAUAUAUUACCGACCCUAGUUAUUAAACUUCUAGCUCCCUUCUUUCUACAAAAGAUUUCAUAUCGGGUGAAGGUGCUCCUUGUGGUGGUAUUUGCUAUGGCCAGCUUUCUCCUGGUGGCUCUGCCAAAACAGAUGGGGGUCAACAUUCUAGGUGUGGUGUGUGCCAGCAUCAGCGGAGGUCUGGGGGAGAUCACCUUCCUCAGUCUCACCACCUUCUUCCACCAUGACGUUGUGUCUUCCUGGUCAUCUGGAACUGGAGGUGCCGGGGUGUUUGGGGCGCUGGCUUAUGCUGGCUUUACCCAAGUGAUCAGUCCACGUACCACAGUCCUCAUCCUCACAGUGGUGCCUGUCAUCAUGUUCAUCAGUUACUUUUUUGUCCUGAAGAAGCCAAGGCCAAGUGAUGAAUCUGUGGUGGGCAACAGCACUGAACAGCUGAUUACCACACAGCCAGUGAUAAGUUUAAAGGGUAAAGCAGCGCUUAUCAUUCCUCUACUGAAGUUCAUAAUACCGUUGGCUCUCGUCUACUUCGCUGAGUACUUCAUCAACCAGGGCCUGCAUGAACUCUUGUACUUCAAUGAUAUCUGGCUCAGCAAAUCCGAACAGUAUCGAUGGUACCAGGUGGACUACCAGGUGGGAGUGCUGAUAUCACGCUCCUCCGUCAACUGUUUUGAGAUACGGAAGCUGUGGAUACUGCCUAUACUACAGUUUGUCAACCUCGCUGUGUUGCUGACCCAAGUAUUUUAUCGAUACAUACCCAACUUCUGGAUCAUCAUCGCCAUCGUGUUCUUUGAGGGUUUACUGGGUGGUGCAGCCUACGUCAACACCUUCUACAGGGUGCGGAAAGAGACCGCCCCAGAGGUUCGAGAGUUCAGUCUGGGAGUUGCCUCAGUCGGUGACUCUGUGGGUAUCGCUGUAGCUGGGGCCGCUGCCAUCCCCUCUCACAACAGACUGUGCAGCUUGAACCUGAAGAUGUGAUAUACCAUAGCAAUAGCAGCACCAACAUCGUCACGUCACAAGCUACAUAAUUCUACAUGAUCUCAAGCUGAAGAUGACAGGUGCCAGCAUCAGAUGAUGUGCUUGUGGUGGUAGAGCAGCAGCAGCAGCAGCAGCAGCAGCAGCAGCAACAGACGCCAUCUUCACGUCUCCAGCUACAUCAUCCUGUUUAAUCUGGAGCAAGUCCCAAACUAACUUGCCACACACCAGAUAUCCAGACCAUCCAGUCCUCCUCCUAGAACAUGUGUAUUAUUCCUUGUAACCAUCCCCUAUAUGUUUGUGUCACACCCCUGAUCAGUGUAGUCCAAAUAUACCAUAAACACUGUUUAGGCUAGAUAGUGUCAACAGGAUUACUUGUGUACUUCGGUAUGGAUGUGUUCUUGUACGACAUCCUGACAGUAAUAUGUUCGUGUUGAAGUGAAAACAUCAAACCUCUCUAUACAAAUGGUGUACACUCCACUAAAGCUGUCGGGGUGCACUCACACAAACACAAAAUAGUGAUAUGGCUGCUGUGCUAAAUCCCAUGCUACAUCCACCUCUAUGCUCAUAUGAAGGGAUAUCAAAAUGUUCUAAAUAUCGCCAUGGAUUUAUUGAGAAAUUAUGACGAAAAUUUGAAGGUAACAUCAGUGAUCCUUAUCUAGUUAAUGAACCAAAAACUAUUUACAUAACUUUAUUCAAUCUUGUGCUAGUUGAUCCAAAACAUGAGUAACCUCAUGUAUGGAGAAAAUUGAGGCACACAGCAUUAUCAAGUUUUUGCACUUGAAGGGUUGCACUGCCCGACAGAUUCACGAGAUGAAAUCUGUUUAUGGUGAAGAUAGUCCAUCUUAUGAUACUGUUGUGAGAUGGAAAAGGCAUUUUCAAACCAGUCAUAUGUUCCUCACAGUUGAGCCAA